GCCAUGAAGUCCGUAGCGCCGUGUGUAUGGUGUGCGCCUCCCUGGUCUAACCUGUGAUUAUUAUUUUUUUUUGCCGUAUUUUUUCCCCUCUUUGGAUGUCCAGCGCAUCGAUGAAGACGUUUUCUCCGUCCGGAGCCUCCUUUACAAAGACUUUGGCAUUCCCAAUGUGAUCCAAGCUGAAGGCUCCAAUUCUCACCAUGUCUCGCCGCAAGCAGGGCAAACCCCAGCACUUAAGCAAGCGGGAGUUUUCGCCCGAGCCUGUGACAGCCGACCUUCCUGAGGAUCCCCAUGACGAUGCCCGCCUGCUGCCGGCGGCCGCCUCCGCGCUGCCCAAGGGCGAGCCGGACCUCCUCACGUGCGGGCCGUGCCACGCCCGCUUCCCCCUGUCCGACAUCCUGCUGUUCAUCGAGCACAAGCGCAGGCAGUGCCACGGCCGCCUCUGCCCGGAGAAGGACCUCGGCAGCAGCAGGCCCCGCUCGCCGUCGUCGUCGUCGGUGUCGCUGCCGGCCACCCCCUCGUACCUGGCACCCCGUGCCAUCAUCGCCCCCGGGCGUCGCGGACGCCACCCGGCGGAGGCGGCGAUCCAGGUGACGCCGCACGACCACAGGGAUAACUUAUCCAUGGCCUCCCCCGGAAUAUGUCCCAAACAGGAGCACAUGACAGAAAAAGACGAGCCCAGCAGCUACACCUGCACGACCUGUAAGCAGCCGUUCGGCAGCGCCUGGUUCCUGCUCCAGCACGCCCAGAACACGCACGGCUUCCGCAUCUACCUGGAGAGCGAGCCGGGCAGCCCGCUGACCCCGCGCGUGGCCUCCGCCCCGGGGAUGGGCGGCGAGUGCGGCUCCCAGGCGCCCCCUCUCCACACGGCCCACCUGGCCGACGGCAGCCCCUACGGCGCCAUGCGGCUCCCGGGCUCCAGCUCGUCGGGGAGGGACCCGGCGGUGGCGUCCGCCCCUCGAGAGGGCCGCUACCCGCGCACGCCGCCGCUCUUCAGCCCGCCGCCGCGGCACCGCCUGAGCCCGGACGACCUGGCGCUGGCGCCGCAGCACCCCACGAGCGCCUACGACCGCGUCCUGCGCCUCAACUCGGUGCCGCUGGACUCGCCCGUCAUGGACUUCUCGCGCCGGCUCCGCGAGCUGGCGGGCCAGUCGGCGCUGGCCGGCACCUCGCCGCCCGUCUCCCCCGGCCGGCCCAGCCCCAUGCAGCGGCUCCUGCAGCCCUUCCAGCCCUCGGCCGCCCCGGGCGCCGCCUCGCCCGCCAACACCACGCCGUCCCCGUCCGGCGCCCGCCUCUCCGCCCAGCAGCAGGCGGCGGCGGCGGCGACGCCGGGCACCCCGACCCGCUCCAAGUCGUGCGAGUUCUGCGGCAAGAGCUUCAAGUUCCAGAGCAACCUGAUCGUGCACCGGCGCAGCCACACGGGCGAGAAGCCCUACAAGUGCCACCUGUGCAACCACGCCUGCACGCAGGCCAGCAAGCUCAAGCGCCACAUGAAGACCCACCGGCACAACUCCUCGUCCUCGCUGGCGUCGCGCUCCGACGACGGGCUCUCGGCGUCCAGCUCGCCCGAGCCGGGCACCAGCGACGUGCCGGGCAGCGCCACCAGCGCCCUCAAGUCGGUGGUGGCCAAGUUCAAGAGCGAGAACAACAACGGGGCGAUCCCCGAGAACGGAGAAGGCGAAGAAGACGAGGAGGAGGAGGAGGAGGAGGAAGAGGAGGAGGAGGAGGAGGAGGAGGAGGAGGAGGAGGAAGGGGAAGAGGAGGAGGAGGAAUUAGAGGGAGAGGAGGAAGAGGAGGAGGAAGGAGAGGUGGAGAACGGGCCCGAGGAGGACAAGAAGGACUUUGCCCGCUUCAGUCUGAGCCUCGAGGGCGCCCGGCACCACGAGAACAACCGCAGCCAUUACCGCGGCAGCGGGGGGGACCUGACUCCCCACAAGCGGCGAGCGCUCAACUCCUCCAGCCAGGUGACCACGCCCGACCUCGGCGACGAGGGGGACUCCGCCCCGGAGCUGGACCACCACCGCGCCGACGGCGGCGGCGGCGGCCACAUGGUGAACGGCACCGACCUCUCCAGGAAGCUGCUGGUGGCCAGCCCCGGCUCCCUCAGCCCGCUGUCCAAGCGCAUCAAGGUGGAGAAGGUGGAGAAGGACCUGGACUCCCCGACGCCUCCGCCCUCCACCGGCGCUGGUUCCGUGCCGCCCAUGUCGGAGAACGUCUACUCCCAGUGGCUGGCCGGCUACGCCGCCUCGCGGCAGCUCAAGGAGCCCGGCUCCAUGUUCCUCGCCAUGGGGGACUCGCGACAAUCGCCCUUCGGCACCUCCUCCGAACACUCCUCCUCGGAGAACGGCAGCCUGCGCUACUCCACGCCGCCCGGCGAGCUCGACGGGAUCGGCAUCGGCGGCGGCGGCGGCGUGGCCUCGGGCCAGCGCAGCGGAGCCGGGAGCGGCGCCAGCACGCCCCACCUGACGGUGCCGCCGGUGCGGCCCAGCUCCAAGGACAGCAGCGGCGGCGGCAGCGGCGGCAGCAGCAGCGGCAGCCGGCGGAGCGACACCUGCGAGUACUGCGGCAAGGUGUUCAAGAACUGCAGCAACCUGACGGUGCACCGGCGCAGCCACACCGGCGAGCGGCCGUACAAGUGCGACCUGUGCAGCUACGCCUGCGCCCAGAGCAGCAAGCUGACGCGCCACAUGAAGACGCACGGGCAGAUGGGCAAGGACGUGUACAAGUGCGAGAUCUGCCACAUGCCCUUCAGCGUCUACAGCACCCUGGAGAAGCACAUGAAGAAGUGGCACGGAGAGCGGCCGCUCAGCGAAGACAUAAAGUCCGAGUGACGGACGGACGGACGGACGGACGGACGGACGAGGGAGGGGAGGUUUUCGGAGGUGGGGAGAGAGGAUGGAUGGAUACGGCAGGAUUAAAAGAAUUAAAAUUCUUACCCCCCCUCCCGUCACCGCCAUUUUCUCAGCCCUCUGUUUGAGUUCUGGUUCUCAAUGGAUGUGAACGAAGCUUAGCAUGUGCAUAGUGUCCACACACUCAGAAAAGGGUGGACACACAGAACAGUGGAUUUUUUGGGGGCAGUCCCAUCGAACUAGCAAAAACCCUGGAGCCUCGCUAAAUGUGCAAUAAUUUACAUUGUUGUUUUUCUACCUUUUUUAUACAAAAAAAAAAGAAACAUACGAAAAUACUGAACGGCAUGCUUAGUGUGUUAGCGCUGAUCGGUUAGCUGUAAUUGUUGUCGGUGACGUUUUGUACUUUGUGACGAGAGGAAAUCCAUGCUGCAAACACACUGUUCUACAUAUCAUGUACAGAUUCACAUCAGUGACAGGAUCACAAUCACAGUCUACACUCACAACGAGGACAUGACAUGCAAACAGAUCUUUUAAAAAGAAUACAAUAUUUUGUUCGUGAAAAAUUGCUACAACAUAAAACGUUGAAUUGGAUUGCCCACAAAAUUACGAUCAUGAAAUAAGUUACCUUAGAUUGUGAACACAUCUAUUGGAAUUUAUUGUAUGGUUUCUUUUUGUAAAAAAAGAAAAGAAAAGAAAAAAAAUUAUAAAUGAGUGCCUUGGAUAUCUUUACACAUAUGUUUAUCCAGCCAUAUGCUACAAGCUUGGAGUCUUAACCAGAAGAUGAUUAUGGUUAUACUCCAUAUAAGGGUCUUGCAUCAAGCUCCUGAAGGACACUGGCCAAUCAUAUGACACAAAGUGCAGCCAUGAAUUUCGAGAAAAAAAAGUCCAUGUUUUUCACUGAUUAUUAUGUACAUCACUAUGCCUUUGUUUACUACCAUGGCAAUAAGUGCUUUUCAGUUUCCUGAGAUUUUGUUCUGGUACCAAGUGAUACAAGGUACAGCAAUUAUUCGUUUAUUUUAUAAAUCCACUAUCUUAAGUUCCUAAUAUUUUUUGGGGGUGUAUUUUACUUACGGACGUUUGACCGGCUUAGUUUGGUGAGUAGCACGCAACUAUGUGGCCGUUGUUUUUUAGCCUUGAACUCUUAGGCUGACCCUUGACCCAGAGGUCAAUUUAGUUCUGACAGGCCUGACGGACGAGGAGAAAAGACUUCUGGGACAUGUCGAGUGAAAGGGGGAAGGGAGAGAGUUCUGAAAGUAAACUUUCAAAAGAAAGAAAAGAAAAUCCCUCAGUCCACCACCAUGGAGUCCUUCUCCAACUCCGACUUGACAGUCGACUGUUAGUUAUCCCCCGAACCCACCCAUUUUUUAGUGUUUAGAGGAAAAGUUAAACUACUAGUAUGUUAUUACGAAAAUCUAACUCGAAAAAGGAUACCCCUGCUCUUUAGAAAAGAAGCACUUAGCUAAAAGAUUUCUUGUUGUCGUUUGUAUCCCAGCCACAGGCUGUGGCGCCACGCUGUUGGCAGCGCCGUGGCCAUCUUGUUUGACAUUGAGAAUAGCACUUGUCACUCCGCCUUGCGUUCUGUAUCUGUCUCUUUAAUCGGAGGUACAGAUGGUCGAGUAUAAACUGCGAUGGCUUUUUUUAUUUUGUUUUUGUUUUAUUUUCAAAUGUACAGGACAAAUGCGUGCACUGUUCAGUUGUUCCUGGUUUACAGAUAAGACGUGUUUCGAGGGAGAAAAUAAAAAGCCUUUUGUUAUGCUGACAGUUUAUCGUGGCAUCAUGUUUUUUUCGCGCAAAAGGUUUUUUUUUGUUUGUUUUGAAAGAAAGAUCAAAUAACAACAACAGGGUGAAAUUGUGCUCUUAAGUCAUGUUUUGUUCACCGAAUGCUGUAGUUUGGAUUCUGGGUUUUCAGUGCAGGGAUCAAGCAUGGACCUCUCUGCUCUCACUUGAGAAAGACACAGACUUGCUGCUCCAAGAGCAAGGAUUUUUUUAUAUAUAUAUUACAUGAUUUUAUAUAUAUAUACAGUAUAUAUAUAAAAACAAAAGACUUUGUUUUCAACUUGUGUUUUUUUUCCUGUGUAUUUCACAGAAAUUUAAUUUAAAAUGUUGAGAUUUUCCUUUUUGUGUGUGUGUGUGUGUGGGUGUUUCUUUUCAUGUGUCGGUGGGAUUGAGGACUUGAUCACUAUGUAUAGUUCAAAUGUGGAACUGGUCUCUCAGUUUUGUUAUUUUGCCUUCGCUACACAAAAACUUCAGGUUGCACCAUGGAGAGAUUUAAGAUGACAAGAAUAUUGAGGACUCAAAGUGGAACACACGCGUGUGUCUUCUCGAAUCUGAAACAAUUUCUGUC